AUGUUUGGGAAUACCUAUGAAAAAGCCAUGUACGAAAAGGCGAUUCAACAUCGGCUGGUUGAUCCGCUGACAAAUCAGCCUCUGCCAGAACCAGAUGGAGGGCCCGUUCAUCCCAAUCGUGUUGUGCGGGCUGCCGUGGAGGCUUUUCUUUCUUCCCAUCCAGGCUACGUGCCGCACGGCUGGCCAUCCACUCCUGCGCCUGCAGCUCCUUGCGCAGCAAAGCUUGCCCGCGACUUCACCGUCGACAAGUGGGACCAGGUUCAGGGGAAUUGUCGCAUUGGGCUCUGCCUGUGGGGGUGCCUUCGCAUGGCAAUUUCCGUCGCCUUCGCCUGGCGAUCUGUGCUGCCGGAAUAUGAGCCCAGGAGCGAGCAAUCCAAGGAGAUACGGCAUGUCAGCACAGUUAUGGGUAUGGCUGCUGGGCUGUCAGCGGGUCGCAUUGGUUGGGGGCUGGCCAUUCGGUUGGUUCGAGCUCUAUCGGGUGUAUGGCCUCUGAGCCCGAUCAGACUUAUAGAGAAUCCUGAUCACGGCUUCAGAGCAUGGCUGCGGGCGGCAUAUCGACUCACCUGUCCGAUGCCCCUGAACUGGGGACACGUGCUUGGUGGAGAACUUUUACUGGGCCGCUUCUGGAUCUUGCAGUUUCUUAUCAAAGAGGCUGUUUGGGCCAAGUUGCCGAACUCAAUCCUCUACGCUGCGAAAUUGUGCAAGGAGGACCUUUCCCAUGGUCUCGUGCAGCCCCUGAUUGGGCACGCAAUGAUCAUGACACCGCUUGCAAUUUUCGCAUGUGGUCACUUCGUUGUAGCCGGUCGCGAGAUCGGAUGGAAAUGUGCAACUAAGCGCAUGGACGAGCUUGAGCAGGACCUGGAAUCAAAGCGUGUUGCUUUGUUAAGCAGUAUGUCUGCUGCCGUGGCUGGCAAUGCUCGCGUGGUGUCGAUUCUGGGUGCUUUGUAUGGGAUUUCGGCUUUGCUGCUACAUGCAAUCUUGCUGAGCAUCCGAAGCACUCAGUUCGCCAUUCGCCUGAGAAGGCAGACAGUCUUUGCCGCAGUCUCUGCAGCCUUGGGCAUCAGCUGGUCGUGGGGCCGCCCAGCUCUUACCUUGACUUUCGCAGAUUGCAAGGAACUCCGGCACUUGGGAGGUGGAAGCAGCUCCGCUGAGUGUCCGGGCGGAUGCUGCUUGCCGGGCCUUCAUGCCCUGAGAGAACUGAAGGUGGAUGCAGAUGCUUGUGUCAGCUUGGCCUCCGUGGAUAUUCUCUCAGAGGAGAUGCAGGCGCUGACCAGCGUACAGCUGCGCUUUGCUGAUUGCACCAUGCUCACCUCUCUGGAGGAACUGACAAGGCCAUUGGGCACACUGACAGAAAUCUCAGUCUUGGAGAUUUGCUUAGCCGGCUGCGUGGCCCUCCGGAGUUUGGGGCAACUUGGCGCGCAUCUUCACAAGCUGUCCGCGUUGUCAAAGCUGCGGCUGAACCUGUUUCGGCCUUACUCUAUCUCGGUGGUGUGGAAGUGGAGGCUCAACCUAGUGCUGGAAAUCGAAAGCCAUAGUGGCAUCCUCCCAAGGCUGUGGAUGUUUGGGUUGUCGGUUCUCCUGGUCUCUGCCUCGGAUGCGACUCUGGUGGUUCGAGCCGCCUACCACUGUGAUGCAGCUUUGUAUGCAGCAAAUGCCUGGGCAGGCGUUCCGCAGCAACUUUCAGUGAGGAGGGAGCCUGGCAUGCACAAGACUGUCAAUGACCCAGGAUAUCGACAAUACAUAGUGUACAGAGCAGUUGGGAAGUUUGCCCGUGACUGCAGCCACGUGACAGAUCGCCGUUUGUCCUUUCGUCUAAGUGGGCCUCUUGUGCUGACAGGCAGUCUUGAAGAAUCGUUCGCAAAGAGAACGGGCUUGUUGGUUCGGGCUUUAUUUGCCAAGAGUCAUGCGGAUGUCAAUGCAACGAGGUUCUGUGAGUCCUGCCAUGCCGUCCGGAACCAGUGCUGGAGAAGGAUGGAGCGGAAAGUGGCCCCAGCACAAUUGCAGAACACCUCCUUUCUGCACUGGACAGAAGUUGCAGGUCCUUUCCCCAAGGACGACAUUCUCGACCAGCUGCAGCUCCUCGUAGAGCUGGCAGGCGAAGAUGCCUGCACAAAGUCACAUGGGGCAGAUGUUCUCGGUGAAAGCACCGUCGAAGGUCUCGUGGAUCUAGUUGCAUCAAUUGCAGAGGACUCAGAAGCCAGCGAGGCAGAUGUCCUCUUGGAGGCAUUGUCAUUGCUCCGCACCGACCUGCGGGAGGACGCGCAUGUGCAGCAGCUGUUGGCAGAGAUUCAGGGUGCCGAGCAAGGUGGCAGCACACCAUCGUCUGUCGUUGGUCAAGGCGUGACUGGCGAUGAAGUCAUCACUGGAUAUUUAGACGUGAUGGUAAUGGAGCCAGAACAGGCUCGAGAAUUGCAAGAUGCGUGGGUCAUGUUCAUGGAGAGCUUCAGCUCACGUGACGUCGCAUGUGACACCUUGUUUGUUGCCUUCUAUGAUGCAGCUCCAUCUCUGCAGUCCCUCUUCAAAACCUCGCGGGCAAUUAUGUCCGGCAGGCUUACCUCAGGCAUUGAGAGCAUUGUCAUGGCGUUGCCGAACGGCAAGGAAGUCAAAGGUCUGGUAGAAGCUCUAGGUUUCAAGCACCUCGAAAUUGAGGUGACAUCGCCGCGAAUUGCGGUGUUCAGGGAAGCCAUAUUGGAAGCCUUUACUGCAGAGCUGGGCGACCGUUUCACUACGCUUGCCUAUGAAGGACUGCGUAAGACAUUGAACUAUGCUGGCGGCGGGUGCGUCUAUUUGCGUGAAACCUUCGCGGAAAGAUUGCAAAUUCUGGCUUCGAGCUGGAGAACUGCCAGCGCUGACGGGCAAGUCCUGGAUGAAGAAUGGGAUGAGGAUUUUGUACAAGCAGACUCCGCAAGAGGAUCUGGCUCGCAAGCAACAUCGCAGUCACAGCAGUCGCAGCUGGAGACGUCGCAGACUGCAGUCGAGGUACAGCCUGCCACAGGGGAGGACACCCAGCAUGAGAACCCAAACAAGAUCAGCAUGCAGGGUGUCCCUACGAGCUUCAACGAGAUGUUCCGCUUUAACGCUGCUGUCAUGGGAAUGGCAGACAGAGAGUGGAUGUACGAGGUCCUCGACUGCUUUGAUGCCAUCGUUCGGAAUGUUGCGAACACUUUCCGAUUGCAGGAAGAGUGUGACGUGCUCUCCCUGCGGUUCGCCAAGGUACCAGGUGUUGUCAUCCUUGUCGAGUUCAAAGCUGUAAUGCUGGCGUCUUUGAGAUCACUGGUGCCCCAGGAUUGGAAUACCAAGCAUGAAGAGGCCUGGGAUUGGCUCUGGAGCAACGUGGAGAAGAUGCUGGGAAAAGAGAUUGGGAAAGCAGCGGACAGAGAGCGACGUGUGUCUCGGUACGUCGGGUCGAUGGAAGAUGAGACAAAGUGCACGUUGAGCAAAAAGAUCUACACCAAGUUCUUCACAGUAGCUCCUGAGGGACAGAACUACUUCAAGCAAUCCUCUACAAGGCUGCAGUUCAUCAUCGAUCGAGUCGUUGAGAUGACUUUGUCCAUGUACCAGUCUCCCUGCCGGAUGGUGGAUGAAAUUUCGGCCCUGGGAUUGCGUCACGUUGGGUAUGGCAUCCCAACAGAAUUUUUCAACCCCUUCGUACAGUGCUGCGUGGAUGUCAUGCGCGAAAUUACGAACGAUGCGAAACUUUGUGAUGCCUUCGCUUGGUCAUUGGGGCUUGUCUCGCGCAUCCUGGUGCGAACAAUCAAUGAGGGCUCUACUUUGGUCAUGAAGGCCAUCAACAUGAACUCGGCCAACAUGGUCAGGAAGGCGUUGGUGCCUGUUCCGCGAUCGAGACGUGCAUUAUCCAUGCUGAAAGUCACGGUCGGCACGCAGUCAAUUUCGCCACUGCUGUGGGCAAUCUCAAGCGGCGGCUUGGAGGCAGCACACGAGAUGUUGGCAGACUUGCUGACGAUCCGUGCUGAUCGCGACCGAUAUUACUUUGGCAACGACGACCUGUUUGCACGGCACCCUGAUAUUGUGCAGGUUCUCACAAAGGAGGCACCUACUUUGCUGGAGGUUCUGCUUGACAAGCUAGUAUGGCGAUCACGACUGGUUGUUGGCGGGCAAAGACGCGUCAACAUUUUCCUCAAGCACUUGCUGGUAGAUGCAGAAGGUCAGUUUGCGGAAGCUACACGGUGGAUCUACCAGACACAAGAUCCAAUACUUGUUGUUCAUUGUGUGCUCGAGACCCUUACAGAUUUGGUCUGGACCAAUGUAAUCUAUGGGCCUUUCUUGCGAAGCAAAGUCUGGCUUUUAUUCACGCUGCUGGUCUUCCUCAUGAGCCAGUCGAUCCUUAAAACCUGGCACACGGAGGACGAGACUACGCAGGGCACGUUGCGUAUAUUGACUGCUGCCUGUCGAGCAUUCGUAUACUUUGCCAGUAUGCUUGAGUUGAUUUAUUCGCGCACAAGAAUCAGCUGCAAAGCCUUCCGAGAAGGGGACGUAGUUCGUCGAUUCCAGGUCCCUUUGCCCAUGAAGGUCGUCACAGACUGGCAAGAGACUAUGAGUUGGCUGCUUACAUUGUUCCUCAUCGCCAUGUUCAUGGUCGAGCCUAUUCUGUAUUGCCUUCAAUCGGAUGGAGAUUUUCCGGAUGCGGGUCUCUUUACCCAGAACUGUCCAGCGGCAAGCGACGUCCGUGACGUUUAUGCCUUCCUGUCAAUGCUGGCCAUGUUUUGUUACUUCACACUAUUGGUGGAUUUCAGUGCACUGUUCGUCCGCUGCUCUGCCUUUGUGAUGAUAUCUGGACAGGUUCUUCCGGAAUUAGUCCUCAUGCUGGGCGCCGUCUUCUACUUGAUACUGGUAUUUGGAUGUACAGCAUCCACCUCCAGCGAUAGAAGUUCAGACUUUGCAAACAUAUUUCAGUCCGCACUGAGUUUCUUCCGGAUCAGCAUCGGUAUGUAUCCGGCUGAAAACUUCCACAGCCUCCAAUAUUCCCGCUGGAUUAUGGUCAUGUGUGUUGGAUUCACCGUUUUAGUUGUCAUUUUCCUCUCGAACGUUCUGAUAGCCCAGCUCAUUGGAGCCUACUCCUCGCUGUAUGACAGAAUGCUGGGCCUGGCACGGCUCAACCGGAUGGCAAUCAUAUGCGAUUCAAUGCCUUCUGUCCGGCGAUCUCGGUUCCAACGCUUUAUUGCAAGGUUAAGGUUAGAUGAGCGUACGGAAUUUGGUGAAGGUGAUGUGGGCUUGCCAGGCUGCAUUCAAGUCCUCGAGCCUGGCAAUUUGAACCCAACCAACCAGGACACAAUCAAGCGCUAUGGUGGGUCGACCUCUCCAAAAAUGCCUUGGCCCGACGAGGAAGAAGAAGUUUCCGGCAGCAUGGCGGAGCGGCUGGACAAUUUGACCAAACUCUGGAAGAAAGCCAUGAGAAGGAUUGAGAAGAAGAGGGACAAAGGUGGUCGGAGAGAUGGCGGUAGCUCCGCUUCUGAGAGUGACCUCAACAGAAGCAGGUCUUCAAGCUCGGCAAACUCCGACUCCUCGCAGUGA